AUGGAUUCGUAUGAAGCUAAAAAGAAGGAGCUGUAUUUAAAGAGGAAAGAUUUAAAUUUAUAUUACCAUCCCAUCAAGACGACAAAACUUUUUAUUUUAGAACUGAGAAAUAUUAUUAACAACACAUAUAAAAAAAAUAAAAAAUACAAUAAAGUAAUACUACUAUGUAUAACACUAAUAUUGCUUUUAUUUAAAAUAAGACAUAAAUAUGAAUAUCUAAACAAUUUUUUAAUGUAUAUAGAAUGUACAAUAUGGUGGUUAUCAUUAGGAGUUUUAAGUAGUAUUGGUUUAGGAUGUGGUAUGCACUCAGGAGUAUUAUUUUUGUUUCCCCACAUUUAUUUUAUUUGUUCAACUUCUGAAUAUUGCAAUUCGUUGAACUUCGAUUCCAGGGUGAAUAUGUGGGGAUCUUUGCUAACGUCUGGAAACUAUUUCGAGUGUAUAACUAAAAACGACAACAAUGUAACUCUGUCAAGGUUAUUUAUUAAAGUAUAUCCAUUUUGCCUUGUAUGGGGGAUAGGAACUGCAUUGGGAGAAUUACCACCAUAUCUUACAUCGUACUACGCAUCCAAGUCCAAAUUGAAUGACGAUGAUUAUGAAGAAUUCGAAAAAGAUAUAAAAGAAGGGAAAAAGAAUAUAAUAACAUCGAUGAAAAUUUGGAUGAUUGAUUUUAUUAAAAAGCACGGUUCCAUUUCUGUUUUUCUUUUAUCAUGUUGGCCAAAUGUGAUGUUUGACCUAUGUGGAAUUUGCUGUGGGCAUUUUUUGAUGCCAUUUGGAAAUUUUUUUAUUCCUCUGCUUUUAGGAAAAGCUGUUGUUAAAACUUUUUUUCAGAGUAUCUUCUUAAUUUUUGUGUUUUCAAAUAAUUACAAAGGGAUACAAUUAAAAAUGAUGCAGAAAGGCUUAACCAUUUUCCCCUUACAUCGAGUUUUUAAAAGCCUGGAUCCGUCCUCUCUUGAGAAUUACAUAGAUGAAAAAAUAUCUAUUUUGAAAUAUGGACAAAAGUCUAAAUCCAAAACGGAUUUUAUGUUUUUAUUUAACAUAUUUUUUUUUUUAGUCAUUAUAUUUUUUUUUAUUUCCUGUGUAAAUCAGAUAGCGCAAAAGUAUCAGAAGAACAUUGAUGACGAACAAUUAAAAAAAUAUAAAAAGUGGAAUGAUGAAGGCGCACCGAAAAAAUCGAAGAAAUGA